AUGGACCAAGGGGGCAGGAAGGCUAAGUCACUGGCCUCCAUUCAGCAUCAGAGAUGGCACUUCUGUGGGGUGCCCUGGACCACACCCUCUGUGCUGACAGCAGCCAGCUGCUUCCAGAGCCGGAGCCCCAGAAUCGCCACCGUGGGGCUGGGGGCCUAUGACCUGAGGCAUCGAGAGAGUUCCAGGCAAACAUUCUCCAUCAGGAGCAUCCGCGAGAAUGGCUGCGGCCCUCAGGAGAACUUGAAUGGCCUGCUGCUGCUGCAGCUGGAGGGUGAGGCCAACUUCACCAGCAGUGUGGCACUGGUACUGCUGCCCUAGCAGAACGCCAUGGUGGAAGCCAACCCCAGCUUCCAGGUGGCAGGCUGGGGAAUCCAAUGGCAUGCCCUAUGCUAUAGGGGACUUAUCUCCAGUUUCCCAAGGGUCCCCAGUGCCACCAUGACCCCCUUGGACCAGUGUCACCCUAACAAUGUGUGCACUGGCAUUUUUACCUGCUGGGGUGGCAUCUGCCAGGUACAGGCCAGGUGCAACCUAGCAUGGGCUCCCCGUGGUGGGAGGAGAGGUCUUGAGAGAAUGAGUUUCCCGUGGUGGGAGGGACAAGUCCAGGACCAGGGCCUUGAUACUGAGGUGCCCCUCGUCUAUAACGGUGUAGCCUCCUCGAUGGAGCCCUGUGGCAGGGGCCCCAACUUCUUCACCGGAGUGGCACGCUUCCAAGACUGGAUACUGGCCCUAGCCGGGGCCCUGGCCAGAGCUUAG